AUGGAUGCAGAAGAAGAUGCUCUUCACUUUAUUGUGGAUCCAAGUGCUUUAGUUUAUGGGGGCAUUGGCCGAAUUAAAGAAUGGGUCAAGAAUGAUAAGUACUAUCCACCUAUAGUAUAUUACAUACCGCACUACACUUUGUUGGAAUUGGACUUUUUAAAGAAAACCUUUAAUCCUCUUAUAGCAAAAAAUGCCCGUGAGAGUAUUCGGUUUUUUGACAGUUCCAUUUCAGGUUUUGAACUCCCUGAAAGUUCAGAGUUCACUGAACCUUCUGAUUCUUUGGUGGCCAAUGAGAGUUCUGAUGAUGAUAUGUCCUCCCCCUCCUCUUCUUCUUCUGAUUUGCUCGAUGAUAUCAGCGAUAUCAGCGACUUUGAGAGUUAUAAUAAGAGGAAGGAGGAUCUGUUGACAGAACAUUCAGCUAAAGAAGGAGUUAUUCACAAACCCAAGCAACCUAAAUCUCAAUUUAUAUUGGAGCCUCCAGAAGCUGCUGGCCCCGGAUGGAAAAAGACCUCAGAAUAUAGAAUGCGCACACCUCUUUGUUCCGAGUUUGCUACUGGAUCUGGUUCUGCGAGAGAAACGGUUGGGGUUUUCGGAAACAGGUUACUGUUUGCCAAUAUUAAAAAGGGUGGUGUCGACAAUUAUCGCAGCAAAGAGAGUGGUUAUGCAGAUAAUGGAGAAGAGAAAGCCAUUAUCCCCAAAAGGUUGAAGUUGUUGAUCCGAUCGGCCAUCCAGAAGCAGUUUAUCGACAGAAAGAAAAAUUCUUCAGUGAAAGAUAUCAACUGGACGGUUUUAUGUGAAGACGAGACCACCUGUACAUGGCUAAAAUGCUUUGGAUUACCGAUGAUGACUUUAAAUGAAGCAGAUAGUAAGCUUAAUGAAUGGAAACAGAAAACAACCAGUCCUCACGCUUCAACUUCCAAGUCAUCCUCUUCAUUUAGGUACGUGCCUCCUCAUCGUGUUAAGGAAUCACUAAAUUCCACCAGACAUCUAUGUGAAGAUGGUGUAUAUAGAGAGAACUUUAAGGAGACAAAGUAUGCACCAAGAGGUAGAGGAGAACUAUGGAAGCCAUAA